UUGUACGCGCGUGUUGUAGUCUUUUAAAAACGUCUGAAGGAAUUUCGUUUAAUUUUCUAUAUAUUUUUUUAUAUAAAAGGGGAGCAUUGCUCGGGACUUACAUGAAAAAAGUUUAUAAAAAUUAAAUAUUUAUAAAAGGAGUCAAAAAAAUAAAAAGAAUUUUAAUAUUAAAAAAAGUUUUCUAGAAAAUAAUCCAAAGAAAUGUGGUUAAAAUAGCAGUAAAAGUUAAAAAUUAUUUAAAACCAAAUCCCAUAAAACAACGAAUAGUUAUUUUAUGCAGAUAUAAUCCCAUAAAUAUAAUCGAACAAAAAAACAGAUAACUGGAGAGGACUACUUGAUUUGUGCAGUGAGUAUAGUGGUGGAUUCUAACUAAAGAUCCACAGAGAGCGGUGGAGAGCAUAUACGAACAGCCAAUAAUCGUACAAGUGCUGUUUGGCAUUUGGAAAUCGUUUUUUUUUUCUACUGCAAAUACAUUGAGAACAUUAUAAACAUGAAAUUAGUAUCAAAAAUGCCAUCAGUUAGCUUAGCACGUAGUAGAGAUUCUAUAUUGUUGGCAGCGGCCGCUGUAUUACUGUUGACAUCAUCCUAUUGUUGGGAACUAGUGGCUGCGCAAAGCAAUCAGGCUCAACAGCAAGUAUGUCCCGAGCAAAACGAUAUUGCUCCCUGUGUUUGUACGGUGAAAAAGAACGGUUUGGAUAUUUUGUGUGAGACAACCGAUUUGACUCACAUUACCAAGUCUAUGGGCACGCUAAAGGGCAAAAGUCCCAUUAUUUUCUAUUUGAAAUUGCGUCAUAAUAAUUUACCCAAAUUACAAGGUUUCGUAUUUCUAGCCUUGGAUAUACGUCAUUUAACCAUACACAACAGUAGUUUAGCGGCCAUUGAAGAAAAUGCUCUCAGCUCUUUGGGUAAGGGUCUAACACAACUUGAUGUCUCGCUUAAUCAAAUGAAAACGGUGCCCUCAUUAGCGUUAAAACAUCUUUAUCAUUUGUUGAUCUUAAAUUUAAAUCACAAUAAGAUUACGGUUAUUCACAAUAAUGCUUUUGAGGGUUUGGAUACACUAGAGAUCUUAACACUCUAUGAGAAUAAAAUCAAUCUUAUAGAGCCAGAGGCUUUUAGAGGUUUAGAAAAACGUUUGAAACGUUUAAAUUUGGGUGGCAAUGAAUUGACUGCAGUUCCUCAAAAAUCUCUUUCAAUUUUGGAUAAUUUGAAAAAAUUGGAAAUUCAAGAAAAUAAAAUUAAAACCAUACGUGAAGGAGAUUUUGAAGGACUUGAAAAUUUGGAUUCUCUUAUAUUGGCCCACAAUAUGAUCAAUACCGUGCCAGCAAAUGUAUUUUCCCAUUUAACUUUAUUAAAUUCUUUGGAAUUGGAGGGCAAUAAAAUCAUCAACAUUGAUAAGGAUGCCUUUAAGGGUUUGGAAGAAAAUCUACAAUAUUUACGUUUGGGCGAUAAUAAUAUACAGGCCAUACCCAGUGAAGCUUUAAGACCUUUACAUCGUUUACGUCAUUUGGAUUUGAGAAAUAAUAAUAUAAGUGUCAUUAGUGAUGACGCCUUUACCGGUUACGGUGAUUCCUUAACCUUCCUUAAUCUCCAAAAGAAUGAUAUCAAGGUAUUACCUAGUAUGAUAUUUGAAAAUUUAAAUUCCCUGGAAACUUUAAAUAUACAAAAUAAUAAAUUAACCCGGCUGCCGCAAGACAUUAUGGAGCAUAUCAUCGAUACUUUGAGAAUAAUUGAUAUAACAGAUAAUCCCUUACAAUGCUCUUGUGAAUUGACCUGGUUCCCUAAACUCUUGCAAGAUCUGAAGAACAAAGACGAUGAAAUGGCACAGAAAAAGAAACCCGUUUGUCAUAUGCCCGUUGAGAAUCGUGAAUACUAUGUCCAAGCUAUGCCAUUGGAAAAAAUGCACUGUGCUGGUCUAUCACCGAGUGCGGCCAGUGAUUUACUGGACACAAAUGGUGUGUUGUUGUUAUGGCGUUUACUACCAGUAAAUAUGCUUGUGACGUUUUUGUGUACUUUUUAAAGGAAUACUUUGGUGGAGUCAAUGGUAAAAAUACUAAGAUUUCAAACAACAAAAACAACAACUCUGAAAACAAAACUCUCGUAAAAAAAAAAAAAACAAAAGAAAAAAACUGAAACUGAAAAACAAACAGACAGAUUUCUUCUCUCUAGCUAUACACGUGUAUCCUGGGGAAAACUGUUUUUUAAGGCAACAAAAAACAAUGACAACAACAAUUAAAGAAUGAAAGAAAGAACAACAUUAUCAUAGAUACGAAGAGCACUGCUAUUCUUUAUUUUUUAAAAAAUGUGUGUGUGAAUGUGAAAUGAAGUGAAGUGUGAGAAGUGAUCGUUUGGCUUUUUUUAUACAACAAAACUAUAUAAAUAUUUAUUCUAACUCUUCUCAUUAAUAUUAUGAUUAUGAUCAUUAUUAUUUUCUAGGUUUUAGGUGAACUCUAACAUUUACUUUUAAUAUUUAAGACAAAAUUUUUUUCAACAAAUUUUAUCUAAGUGUGUAUUUUGAUGUAAUAAUUUAUAUUUUAUUAUUAUGUGUUUGUUGUUUUAUUAAAAAACAAAUACAACAACUAAUUAUAUAGGGAUUUAUGGUUGCAAAACAUAGAGAAAAACUCUAUAUAUAUUUUAACUUUUACAAACAAAAAUGUAUCAUUACAUAUCAUUAGAUUAAGCUAUAUAAUUAAAUUAUAUUUCCCCCCACCCCCUCCCAAAAAAACAAAACUCCCAAAAUUUGCGGUAUUUUUGUUUAGUAGAAAAAAAUUUGUCCCAAAGAACUUACACUAUAAAGGCGCUGAUACACGGUUGUCAGAUCUUACAACGUUGUCAGUAAAAUGUUCAAAGAAUGUCUAAUAAUCGUCUAAACUUACAAGUUUUCUAUUGCAACGUUGUCAGAAAAAGCAUUACCGAAAAUAUUGCAAGACAAAAGUUGUAAGUUGACAGUAGUAUAUUAAACAUUUUCUGCACAUUUUCUUGCCAACGUUGUAAGAUCAAACAACCUUGUAUACAUAGCAUAAUUAGUUCUAGAAUGAGUGCAAUUAGAACUACUUCCUAUUCGCAUAAAGUAUUUACAAACAACUUUCUGUGAAGCACUUUACUUUUACAAAGAGAGAGAAAAAAGAAAUAUACACGCCUAGUAUCAAAUUGAUAACAAAGUGUUUAUCACUUUUCAAUAACAAUAACAAACAAUUCGAUGUCAAUGGUAACCACGUUUGUUAACAUUUAGACAACAGAUGUGUACAAAAUCUAGAUUUCAAAAACGAAUGUUUUCGUACGUACAUAGGAAUAUACUUUGACAACGGAUGUUAUUGUAUAAUUAUAAACACUUUGGUGGCAAUUUGUUAUCAGACGUGUAUAUUUCUUUUUCCCUCUGUGUAGAACUGUUGCAAAACAACAUGAAUUUGUUCUCUAUAGGUAAAGAACUUCUUCAACAAUCUUGGAUUUAGAGAUGUUGCCUUUUAGAACUCAUUCUCUGGAAAAUAUUAAAAAUUAAUAGUGUUUCACUAAAACUAGUUCUUUAACAAUUGUUGUAGAAAAAUCACUGAAAAAGAACUAGUACCGAUCCAAAGAAUGUGUAACCCCUUAUAAGGAAUGUCACCAUUACUUCUUCUAUUCCUUUUAGUAAGUUUCUUAAGGAAAACUUUUAAGAAGCUUAUAGGAAAAAAGAACUAUUUCCUAGAACUCAAUCAAUACUUUAAAUUAAAGACAAAGGAACCACUAUAAAUAGAAAUUGAAACUAGUAAUAACGACAUACCUUUUACAAGCCUUGAUCAUGAUUCCAAUGUCCUCCUAACGAGUAUUCUAAGAAACAGUUCUAUAUCAGUUCAAACAAAAAUCAUUGAAAAAAGAACUAGCUCUAAAAUUAGAUACUUUUUAAGAAUCUUAAAUAAAACUCUUUAGAAGUUCUUUGAAAACUAGUUAUAGAACUGUUUCAAAGUGUUCAAAGUGUCUGGAACUUUAUAGUGAAUAAAAAGUACUUGUAAGAACUAAUUCUUUUGCAGAAAGAAUAACAUUUUUUUUCACAAGCAGCUGUAUUUCUUCUCUGGAACUGUUUCCAAAAGCUUUUUAUAGAACGAAGGUAUUUUACAGAACUCUUUAAUUGUUGCCUGAGUAUGAGUAAUUUUGACAACAUUGCAUUGUCGUACGUACACAUCUACAAAGUAUGUUAUUGAAACAUUAUACACACUUUGGUGUCAAUUUGAUACCAGGAGUGUAUUAUUUGGAAAUAUAUUUUUCCCUCUGGCAUUUUAGAACUGGAUCUAAAACCAAUACAACUUUUCGAAUACAAAUUAAACCUUGAACUAGUUUUGGAACUAAUAAAACUCUUCUUGGACAAAUUUCUUUUUUUUUAGAAAAUCCAUAUUAACAAAUUAAUCCUUUUACGCAAUAGCUUAUCACAUAUUUAAAGCACUUUUAACCUAUUUUAGGGUGGAGAAGUUUUGAACUUGAGUUAAAGUUAUAAAUAAGAGGAUAAUAGGGGAUAAAAGCAUAUAAAACUAAAGCAUGAAAAAAGCAUAUUUUCUAAAGAAAAAAAGCUUUUUUUCUAAAUCCUUAUUUUGCAUGCUCUUUUUUUUUAGAAACUUAAAAACAAAACUAAUUACAAACUACUAUUAAAUGUCAUAUUGUUGUGAGAUACAA